AAAACUGGUACCAGAACUCUCUAGUCUUCGCUGAGAGAAAAUGUCUAUCCAAAUUGAACAUCCUGCUGGUGGCUACAAGAAGCUAUUUGAAACUGUGGAGGAGCUGUCCUCACCACUAAUAGCUCAUGUCACAGGUAGAAUUCCCCUCUGGCUUGCUGGCAGUCUCCUUCGAUGUGGGCCAGGGCUCUUUGAAGUUGGAUCUGAGCCCUUCUAUCACCUGUUUGAUGGACAAGCUCUUUUGCACAAGUUUGACUUUAAGGAGGGCCACGUCACAUACCAUAGAAGAUUCAUUCGCACUGAUGCUUAUGUUCGGGCAAUGACUGAGAAGAGGAUUGUCAUAACAGAAUUUGGCACCUGUGCUUUCCCAGACCCCUGCAAGAAUAUAUUUUCCAGGUUUUUUUCUUACUUUCGAGGAGUGGAGGUUACUGACAAUGCCCUUGUAAAUAUCUACCCAGUGGGAGAAGAUUACUAUGCCUGUACAGAGACCAACUUUAUCACAAAAAUUAACCCAGAGACCUUGGAGACAAUUAAGCAGGUUGAUCUUUGCAACUAUGUCUCAGUCAAUGGUGCCACUGCUCAUCCACAUAUUGAAAGUGAUGGAACUGUUUACAAUAUUGGCAACUGCUUUGGGAAAAAUUUUUCAGUUGCCUACAACAUUGUUAAGAUCCCUCCACUGCAAGCAAACAAAGAAGACCCAAUAAACAAGUCGGAGAUUGUUGUACAGUUCCCCUGCAGUGAUCGGUUCAAGCCAUCUUAUGUACACAGUUUUGGUCUGACUCCAAAUUAUAUUGUUUUUGUGGAGACUCCAGUCAAAAUUAAUCUUUUCAAGUUCCUUUCUUCGUGGAGUCUUUGGGGAGCAAACUACAUGGAUUGUUUUGAGUCUAAUGAAAGCAUGGGGGUUUGGCUUCAUGUUGCUGACAAAAAAAGAAGAAAAUAUUUCAAUAAUAAAUACAGAACCUCCCCUUUCAAUCUCUUUCAUCAUAUCAAUACUUAUGAAGACAAUGGGUUUCUGAUUGUGGACCUCUGUUGCUGGAAAGGGUUUGAAUUUGUUUAUAAUUACUUAUAUUUAGCCAAUUUACGUGAGAACUGGGAAGAAGUGAAAAGAAAUGCCAUGAAGGCUCCUCAGCCUGAAGUGAGGAGAUAUGUACUUCCUUUGACAAUUAACAAGGCUGACACAGGCAGGAAUUUAGUAACACUUGCCCACACAACUGCCACAGCAAUUCUGUGCAGUGAUGAGACCAUCUGGCUGGAACCUGAGGUACUCUUUUCAGGGCCCCGUCAAGCCUUUGAAUUUCCUCAAAUCAACUAUCAGAAAUAUGGAGGAAAACCUUAUACCUAUGCAUAUGGACUGGGGUUGAAUCACUUUGUUCCAGACAAGCUCUGUAAGCUGAACGUCAAAACUAAAGAAAUCUGGAUGUGGCAAGAACCCGAUUCUUACCCAUCUGAACCCAUCUUUGUUUCUCAUCCUGAAGCCCUGGAAGAGGAUGAUGGUGUGGUUCUGAGUGUGGUGGUGAGCCCCGGAGCUGGACAAAAGCCUGCAUACCUCCUGAUUCUGAAUGCCAAAGACUUGAGUGAAGUUGCCAGGGCUGAAGUGGAGACUAAUAUCCCUGUUACCUUCCAUGGACUGUUCAAAAGAUCAUGAACAUAUUCCAG